UUAAAAACACACCGUCUCUGCCUCUCUCUCCCCCCUAUCUCUGUCUCUCUAUGAUACUGACCUUUCCUUUCAUUUUCUUCUCCUUUUCUCUCUGCUGAUUCUAGCCGCCAUUAGUAGCUACUGCUCUUUUCUUGUCCUUCUAUGUAAUAAAUACUACCCUAUGUGCUUGGAAACCAAAGACUCCAAGAAAAUAUUGUUGCAAUAUUAUAAAGCAAACCAAAGCAUACUUUUGUACUUGCCCUAGUCUUUGACUCUUGAACACACCCACACAGAAAACACAGAUACUUAUGCCUGUCAACCAUCUUUAUGUUGCUACUCUCCUAUUUAAUGCCUCUGUUCCUCUUCUACUACAUGCUUUCAUACAUUAUAUUUUCUUCCUCCAUUAGGAGACAGAGUUAAGUGGGGUUUGUCUACAAUCUUUGAUUUCUCCUUCAUUUCUUGUUCUAAUCAAUCACAAAAAACAGAAGCUCGGAUCAUCACUCCCUUUCAACCUUUGAAGAAAGUUCUGUGCGUAUUUCAUAUCAUUUGAGCUUACUUUCUUGAUAUAGUCUUGAUCAAAAUAAGCAACUUCGUUUUAUUUAUUUGUUUCUAGUUUACAUGCUAGUUUAGAAACAACAACAAAGAUGGAAGAGAAAGAACUGGAUUUCUAUUCUCACAAACUUCCCUCUGCUUCUCAGGUUGUUGAGGAGCUAAAAGAGUUAUGGGGCAUGGCUUUGCCAAUAACAGCUGCACACUUAAUGGCCUUCUUUAGAGCAGUGGUCUCAGUUAUGUUCUUGGGCAGGCUAGGCAGUCUAGAACUAGCUGGUGGUGCACUUUCCAUUGGGUUUACAAACAUCACUGGUUACUCUGUCCUUGUGGGCUUAGCUUCUGGGCUAGAGCCAGUCUGUAGCCAAGCUUAUGGCAGCAAGAAUUGGGACCUCCUUUCACUCUCUCUUCAACGCAUGAUCUUGAUACUAGGCAUUGCAAUCAUACCCAUAAGUCUCUUGUGGCUUAAUCUUGAAUCAAUCAUGAAUUUUAUGGGCCAAGAUCCAAAUAUUACUGCAAUGGCUGCAACUUACUGUAUUUACUCUCUCCCAGACCUUUUAACCAACACUUUAUUACAGCCCUUGAGGGUUUUCUUAAGGUCACAGGGGGUGACAAAACCCAUGAUGUAUUGCUCCUUAUUGGCCGUUAUUUUCCACGUGCCGUUGAACUAUGUUCUUGUUGUGGUGAUGGGGUGGGGGGUCCCUGGGGUGGCUUUGGCAUCAGCCGUGACUAACAUGAACAUGGUGGCGUUGAUGGUGGCGUAUGUGUGGUGGGUUAGUGGACAGUGGGAGAUGAAAUGGAGGGUCGAGAUUGGAGGUGUGUGUGGUGGGGUGGGACCACUCUUGAAGUUGGCAGUCCCUAGUUGUUUAGGGAUUUGCUUGGAGUGGUGGUGGUAUGAGAUAGUGACUCUCUUAGCAGGGUACUUGCCUAAUCCCACACUGGCGGUGGCCGCCACUGGGAUACUAAUCCAGACCACUAGCAUGAUGUACACUGUCCCCAUGGCACUUGCUGGCUGUGUCUCUGCUCGGGUAGGGAAUGAACUUGGAGCCGGAAAGCCGUACAAAGCAAAGUUGGCCGCCAUGGUUGCACUGGGUUGUGCCUUCGUGAUUGGUAUUCUCAAUGUGACAUGGACAGUAUUCCUUAGACAGCGAUGGGCUGGCUUGUUCAUUAAAGAUGUGCGUGUUAAAGGUCUUGUAGCAGCUGUUUUGCCAAUAAUAGGCCUCUGUGAGCUUGGCAACUGCCCCCAAACAACUGGCUGUGGCAUCCUACGUGCCACGGCACGGCCCGCUGUCGGGGCUGGUAUAAAUUUGGGUUCAUUUUACUUUGUGGGCACCCCAGUGGCAGUGGGGCUGGCCUUCGGGCUAGAUGUCGGGUUUUCUGGACUGUGGCUAGGGCUCUUGUCAGCCCAAGCGGCUUGUGCUUUGUCUAUCCUUUAUGUUGUGUUGAUCCGUACAGAUUGGGAACAUGAGGCUCUGAAGGCCAAGGAGUUGACCAGCAUGGAAAUGAGUGCAUGCAAUGGUGUUGGUCGCAAACAACAUGAAGAAUACGAAGAGGAGAGUAAAGGGUUGUUAAUGAAUGUUAAUGGUAACAUGGUAGAUGAUGUUUGAAGGAGAGGGUGAGAUUUGAGAUGGUAGCAUGGUAGCAUGGUGCUUGGCAGAGGGUGAGAUUUGAGAUGGUAGCAUGGUGCUUGGCUUUAUUAGAUUUCUUUUGAAUUUUUAGUUGCUUUUUGGGGAGGAUAUAAAUAGUUGGAAUUUUGUGUCGCCUUUUUUUUCGUUGUUUUGAUGGGGUUGUCA